CGAACGAGCCUAUGAAGCGUUUCAGGGGGGGGGGGUCACGAAGACUUGUACCAUGAUUUACUAUGUUAUUGUUGCCAUGGAUAAGGGAACACCGAUCGUCGUGAGGGAGAUCGAGAUGAUUAAAAGGAAGAGUUUGGAGGAUCUAGAGAACGGGAUGUACGAUGUUGAGCAUGUUGAGGUCGUGAACUGUACAAGGAUGGUAUUGGAGGCGCAGGAGAAAAAAUAGACAGAUGAGUGAAUGAUAAACCCGGGGUUAUUCUGUUUG